AUGGAGUGGGCAGAACCCAUUAUCAGGUACAUUGAGAACGAAAAGCUACCCCAGGACUGUAUGGAAGCACGAAAGAUUAGGAUGCGUGCGGCAAAAUAUUCCCUCAUUGAUGGGGUUCUUUACAAGAAGGGAUUUUCUUUACCCUACUUGCGUUGUGUCUCCAUGAAUGAGGCAAAUUACAUUCUAAAAGACAUACAUGAAGGCCUUUGUGGAAAUCAUGCUGGGGGCAGAUCACUAGUGCAUAAAGCUAUCCGACAAGGAUACUUUUGGCCUACUAUAAGGACAGAUGCACUUGAGUUCGGAGCACCAAGGGUAAUUAUGACCGAUAAUGGGAAGCAGUUUGAAAGUGAGCAGUUCCUCGAUUUUUGUAAUGAACUUGGGAUCAAAGUUCAUUUCUCCUCUCCUGCCCAUCCCCAAGCCAAUGGGCAAGUUGAGGUCACGAAUAGGACAAUAUUGAAGAUGAUCAAGACACGCCUAGAAAAGGCCAAGGGCUUGUGGCCUGAACAACUACCCGGAGUUUUAUGGCCUAUCGCACUACCGUAA